ACGAUUGUAUACAAAUAAUUUUUUACUCUUACUUUUAAAUUAGAGAUUAGCAUAAAUAAACUCUUCCAGUUUCUAUUUUAUACUUCGAACGAAUAGAAUUUUGAAUGCUAAAAGGUAAAAAAAAAGUCAAAGUACGACGCGAACAGAGUUGUAGCAUCAACGCGAAAAUUCGUUUGUCAUUUUUCAGAGACAGGUUUCGCGUUAGUUUCUCUAUAUUUAACCUGUUUAGAAAGUUCAAAAUUCUCGGUUUUUUUACUAUCAAGAAUGCAAGAAUCCUAAAUGACUGGCAUCUGAAUCUUCAGAACCGUUGUCAAUGUGCGCGACACGUUCCCGGCGAACCUCCAGUGACGCGCAUCGAGAUCACGACAGGCACCAUCCACAUCCCGCGGUACAGGCUCCUCAUCUCGCCCCUCAUCCGUUUUAUCUUCCUCCUCCUUAUGCGCGUUAUCCUGCGUACGAUCCGUACGCGGCGUAUCACUAUACAGGCUUGUUCUAUCCGCCACCGCCGUGUCACAUCCAACGUGACAUCGUCAAAGAGGAGACUACAAUUUGGUUUUGGCCAAUCAUCCUCUUCCUCACACUCAUCUUCGUGAUCGUUUUGAUCUGGAUCGUUUAUCGUAACAUUCCCCGCGAAAACCGACGAAAAAUCGCCGCUUGGCUAUGGUUGCGUAGAUCACAUCAGACCGCGAGGACGGCGACGAAGCAAGACGCGGCUCAUAACGUGAAUCUUUCCGCGGAAUUUCAUCCAUACACCGACGAUCGCGGUGAGUCCACUUCGCCGACAGAUACAAUAACGAGGGCGUUCAUCAAUUCUGAUUAUGAGGAAGACGAUGACGAUGAUCAGUAUGAGAGCGAGAAUGAAGAGAGAAAGCAGAACGCGAUAUUCAUGAGACCAGGAUCGAUCCACCGUAUACUUACGAAAAAAUUAAAAGUUUGAAGAGCGUGUGAGGAUAAGAAAUUGAGAAAAAUGAAGCAAAAUAUGCAUAAACGAGCCAAUAUUGACCAACAAAAACAAGUAAUUACUUUCAGGAAAAAUGUCUAUUUUUGUCAAGCAAUACGUCUUCGCGUUUCGCGAAAAAGAUGUAAAAAGAGUCUAUGUUAUGUGUAAUUUUAUCGAGCUAAAUUUAGAAAUAAGUUAUAAAAAGAUGACAUUUAAUUAUACAUAAUAACCAGAGAUAUAUCGAUACAAUUAAAGAAUAAAAAAGCAUUUAUAUAAAUAUGAUGCACAAAAUAAAUAAAAUAAAUUUUUUAAAAAUAAUUGAAAUAUAAAAAAUUUUUUUGAAACAGUACAAGUUUAAUAAAUUUAAAGUUCCGCAAAACAUCGCGUUUGCAUUUAUUAUCAAUAAAUGUAGAAAUGUAGAUA